ACUACGACUUGUUAUUGUUUGCUUUGGCGGGCUGUUAAUGUUGCCUCCUUGGGUUGCUGAUGUUUUGGGCCAAAUGUCACAGAGAUUGGUCAUGAUAGCUGACAUUUGGAAUGCCAUGGGUUUAGAAGGAGAACAUUUACAGCUGAGAAUUCAUUCUUUAUCUUCCCAUUUGUUCUUAAUGUUGGAUGAAAUGCAUAGUGAAGAAAUUUUAGCGAAGCAGACUAUCAUUGACUCAAUCAAAGAACUAAAGGUAAAGAUUAAAGAACUCGAGUCAGAGCUUGGGUUGACCAACAAUAUUUCCGAAACAUCAUCGCUUGUAAUGACUGAAAAACUGUUUUAUGAUCAUUUUAAAGCACUCACUGAAAAGUCCUCCUCAAUUCUUCAGACAUAUAAUUUGCUUAAAGCAGAGGAAAAGGAUUUGUGCGAGCGGCUUGAUGAACCUCCUGUCCCUGAGACAUUCAUACAUGUCCCAAAUCCUGAACAAAUUGGAAUCUUAAAAGAAAACAUCAAUCAUCUGACUCAAGAAAAACGUUCUCGUUCUCUUCGUUUGUCUAGACUAAUUCAGGAAAUCAGAAACUUAAGAGAUCUCCUGCAACAAGAGACUGCUGAUGACGAGGAAAUAAUCGCCCUAAUCACUGCUCCUAAUCCUAUGGAAAUUUUAUCACUAUCAAAAGAUUUUCUUGACCAUGUCACUAAAUUAAGAAAUAGUUUGGCACAGGAGUUUGUCAAGUUGGAUGAUGAUUGUCAAAGACUCAUUAAAGAAAUCAUGCAUAUAGCAGGUCGUCUUAAUAUUGACCUUGAUAAUGCUGUGAAUAUUCAACAACCAGUAUCUGCUCGCUUCUUACAACAUCUGAAAGAAGAACUAAGUCGUCUGAAAAAAUUGCAACUAAGUAGUUUAGCGUCUAUUAUCUCUAAGUGCCAAGCCGAGUUAGUCGUAUGGUGGGAAAACUGCCUUGUUGGUGGAGACGCUCGUCAAUCAUAUUUAACUUCUGAAGGUCAAGAGUUAAAUGAGUCACUACUUAUAUCGCUUGAGUCUGAAAUAACAAAAUGGAAAUCAUUUUACCUGAAAAAUGAACCACUCUUCAAGGCACUCGAAACGUGGCAGUGCAUAUUAUCGCGUCUUCGAAUGUCCGAGCAAAAAAUGAAAGAUCCUUCUGUUUUAAAAAAUCGAGGCGGGAUUCUGUUGGUUAUCGAUAAGGAAAUUAAACAAUUAAAGCGUGAUCUCAGUCGUCAGUAUUCUAUCUUAAAAGAAAUUUCUGUGAAUUACCCAAAUGUGACAGUUCAUGGAUUAUCAAUUCUUGAUUAUUUGGAUUUUUCAGAACAUCAAUGUGGAAUAGAAAAGGAAAAUCAAAAUCCAGGAAAUGUUUCUACUUCCUCUAUUAAAGUUGGAAAUAGUACUAAAAGAGCUUUUAAUGCAAAUAAGUCAACUCUACUUACUCCCAUAAAUGGAAAGAAACCACGUACAAAUUUACUAAAUGUAAGUGGUUAACUGUCACUUUUUUAAAAUAUCAUAUUCAUUAGCUUAAACGCUCUCUUUUGUUUUUAAAUUCAUAACAUAAACAAUAAAAGUGUACAGAACAGUUAAACACCACAAUUCCUAUUCAAUUUAUACAGUCGAGUAAUAUAUCAUAAUAUCCUGAAAUUUGGUACCAUUGUUAUUAAAAGUCACAGGUCAUGGAAUAUGAUACACAAUUAAGUACCUACAAUUGAUUAGCAUGUGUUCAUAGUGUAUAACUACUAUUUAUACUUGGUAAGCAAAGAUGGAUAGUGGCUAGCAGUGCAAUCCAGGACGCGCGUUUCGUCCUAUUUGGGACUCGUCAGCUGGAUGUACCUGCAUCUCAGAGUUGAUGUCAAUGGGAAGAUCCAAACAAACAAUACUAAGUAAAUUUUACUAUUUAUACUGUUUAAUAAUAUUAAUUUUUUCCGCUACACCAUCAAUUCUGGAAGGAUAUAAAACAACAACGAAAAAACAAUAAUGUACAAAAUUAUUUCUCCAAUUUUGAUUUCAAUUAUUGUCAAAGGAUUUUGCUAGUCUUAUUAGGGUAUAGGCAAUUCCCUAUCGCCAUUGUUAAGUUAUUCAAUCAGGUUUGAUUUUAUACUUUCAUAGUGUUACAUGUUGAUGAUUUGAUUAAUUCUGCCGCUCAGGUUUUAAUCCGAGUCAGUUAUUUAUAAAUGAUCUUGUAGUAGCUUGUACAUAUCUGUACCUAUCCAAAUUAGCACACUUUACACUGCAACUUCACACAAAAAAGCAAAAUGUCAACACAAUACUACUAUUGAUAGAAAAUAUAGUUCUAGAAUAAUGAAUGAAUCCGUGAAAUAAAAGGUGUGAAAUAUUAAAAGUGACUUAUUAUUUAGGAAUAGAUAUAGAGUAAGUACGACUUUACUCGUCCUAUUGUUUAUGAUCCAUGUUACCCGACUUUUUAACCACAAACAUCACGAUCAUACAGACUCCAACUAAGAAGUGUAAAUAUCUAAGGUUUUUUCAGACCAGUAACUAGUGACCUUAUAAAUCGAUAUCUUCUAAUCUAUUCCUAUACACUGGGCUGCGUAUCGCAUCGGGAAAAACGAUGACUUGAGAUUCUUAGCUAGUCAGUCAGUGGUGCAUGAAAGUCGAUUCCGUGAAUCAAAUCGUUCAUCCUCUGUUAACUCUAUAAUUUUGGUCAAAAUGAGAAUCAAAGUACUCUGUUCCUGACGCUUUCAGUUAAUCUACUCAUUCAAUUCAUGGUAUGUCAUUUUGUUAAUUAUAUUCAAGCGGUGGUCCGAACUGCUUAGUUAUUUGAACUUAUUGUAAGAAAAUUCGUGUUCGACGUUCUUCAGAUGUUCAAUCAACCUAUCCGGUAUCUAAAUCAUUACACAUUUCUGAUAAGAAAUUCAGGAGUGUACCGAAUAGUCAGUCAUGUUGUCCAGUGAUAUAUUUUGUCUUCUUUUUAGAGAAUUUUACAAAUAAUUUAUAUUUUUCGAAAAUUCAGUCCACUAUAGCAGCAUUCAGUAGCAGUUCUAAAUUACAUGCCGUUCGAUCACCACUUUUGGCUUGUUCCAGUAUGGUCUCACUACAUGGAAUUGGUUCUACAGACUCUUUGUCGUCAGUUCACACGCCUAUAACAAAGGCUAAACCUUCAAUCCAAACUCCCAUCGCUUCCUGUAUUUCGUCGUCGACUUCAUCUCAGAAAAAGAUUGUCCCAAGUAUAUCUACAAAACGUCGAAGUGCAAGACUGAGUGGGAAGAAAAUCUGCUCAACACGACGUGUUUUACAGAUGAAUAAUAUGCAAAGCAAUAAUGAUAAUUCUUUCCUUUCUCCUCUAUCUACGGCACCUAAAUCUGCUGCGAAAUCUUCACGUACUGUAAAUAACAUGCCGACACCAUCUGUCAUGAAUAGAAUACAGAGAGCUCCGUUCCGUACUUGAACUUCAUUCAAAGGAUUGGAUUAUGUAUCCUCAUUUGUACAAAAUCAUAAUUAUUUUUCAUACUUUUCGUGAUUGUGUAUAUACGCGUACGUUAAUUCAUAAAACAGUUAAAUUUUUUACUUUAUUUUUU